ACACAAUCUACCUGCUGGAAAUUGAGCUGGCGCUUAUGGAGUACAUAUUCUAGCUUCCUGUACCUUGAUCGCAUUAGUGGGGCUCGCUAUUUUCUCGGAGACAAUAUUUUGAGCUACGAUCUUCGCCUCAAAGACUGGGAAUGAAGUGCAUUGAACGGAGCUGGAGUGCAAAGCCAAGAACCAAUGCAUCAAUAGUAUUCGUGCUUCGUGGAGCAAUCCGCGGAGCAUUAUCCAAGCAGCCACAGGCAUUGCGGACAUCUACAACAGGUGCUCCACUAUCCCUUAACGACAUCAUAGCAUUUGAGUCUGAGCUCCCGAGUCUAAUCGAUCAAGCUGCGGUGCCGGAACGCCGGGUGGACGAGCUUAUAGACCGUGCGGCGAGGGUGUUGCGUGAAGUCAGCAGUGUACUCGAGGACGCGGAGGGUGAACCCCCGGCACAGCAGCAGCCGCAGCAGCCCGGGCCACUCAGCACUGCCACCCUCCCAGGCACUCUGAGGCCGCCGGGCGGGGCCAUCUUGUCGACAUCGGAUGCGACCGCGGAUGCCGGUCCGGGGUCGGGAGUGGGGCCCGCAUCACCGCUGAGCCGGGCGCUGUUUGGGGGAAGCGUGCAGGUUUCGGAGCGUGAGGCGACCCUUACGCGCCAGGCGCUGCAAAGGACGCUGGAGAGCGGCUCCGCGGGCCGGUUCGAUGCCGCUAGCCCUGGACGCGACGCCGCCGCCAUCGGCGGUGGCAACAGCAGCGCCGGCGACCACCGCCCCCUCGCCCUCUUCUUCGCCCCCAUCCGCCGCAAGCUCCUCCAGAAGCCCCCCAGGUGGCCGAGGAGCAUCGCGACCCACGGGUCAGGGAGCGCAGAGCAGCAACUCCCAGCCCCCCAGCUUCAGCCCGCUGCUCCGAGCCGUCGGCCCCUGGCUGCCUGGGCCCCGCUGGCCUUUGCUGAGGUGGACUUGUCAAUGCCCACAGAGCUGCUGCUUAAGUCCGAGGAGUCCGAGUUUGCGGCGGCGGCUCGUUCUGCCGUGCUGCCGCCCCUGCAGUCCGUUGUGGAUCUGACAUCGGCAGUACGGCCACCCACUAGGGGGCUCGAUCUGGAUCUGAGCACCGCAGCGGCAGUAGCGGCGCAGGAUGAGCAGCAGGCGGCGGUGUCGGCAGCAGUGGCAGUGUCUGAGGAGGAGGUGGUCCAGGGUGGCGCACUGGGCAGGCGGCUGCAGGACGGCGCAGGCCGGUUGGCUGAUGGCACCAGGUUUGAGAAGCUGAGCGGCACGGACACAGGCCCCGAUGGCUACGUAAAGAAGUGGGAGGUGUUGCGCGGAGUGACGGGCGAUGGGCAAGUGCAGUGGGAGGAGUGCUGGUGGCAGGUGUGGGGACUGGGGCUUGGGGGGAAGGCUUCCAACCGCUACGGUCUUCGGGAGUUAGGAGCGUUCAAGAAGGGCACUGCGGAGAGCGGCGCUGCCUGGGUAGAGGAGUGGAAGGAGGUGCUGUACACACAUCCCACCAACCUGCGCCUGGUCAUUGAGCGCACAGCUCACAAGUGGGCCCGCGACGAGAACUUGGACGAGUGGGAAGAGAAGUGGGGCGAGUGCUUCGAGGAGGCGGGUCGUGUGCACAAAUGGGCAGACAAGUGGGCCAAGGCGGGCAGCAACGUGUGGCAUGAGCGGUGGGGUGAAGACUACGACGGCAAGGGCGCCUGCCAGAAGUGGACGGACAAGUGGGCGGAGAGGCUGCUUCCUGAUGGUGGUCAGGAGCAGUGGGGCGACAAGUGGACGGAGACUUUCGGCCACGGCACGGGCACCAAACACGGAGAGGUUUGGAGCAGCAGCAGCAGCUGCGGGUCGCGGUACAACCGCUGGUGGAAUGAGGAGCAUUACGGCGACGGCCGUGUGCGCAAGUGGGGCAACAGCACCAGCGGCGAGCACUGGGACACGGUGGAGCACAUGGAUACCUACUACAACCCGGUGCCGCAUUUUGGUUUCCAACAUGCAGUGGGCCAUUCGCCUCAACUGUGGGCAGUCCCGCUACCCUCACCCGAUGAGGCGGAUGGCGGCAAUGGUGAUGACGACGGCCUAGGUGUGGGCCUUGGACGCCUCUGAGGUCGGCGGUUUGCGGCCAGGGCGGACAGCAGAGAUAAUCGAAUCAAGUCGCGGCGCGUGCAGCAAGCCAGGCCUUGAUAAUCGAAUCACCAAAGCUAUUUUUCCAGUCAGAGCAGGCGCAGUUGAUCUCUUCGGUUGUCUGUUCCAAUGCGGCUAAUAGGGUUUUAUGCAAGUGUUGCAUUGAUGGCAUGGCUACGGAGCCGUCAGAGAUCUUAAUUGACGGGAGAAUGAAUGAGGACGUACAUAAGAGCUGCUAUUUAUACAGAGCCGUUGCAUGGUAGUGAGGCAUAUUUGCAGAGAGAUGCGUUUGGCUUAUGUGCACGAGCUGUCAGCGAUUGGUCAUUUCUCCAUGUCGGCAGUGGACAAGGGCGGCAUUUGUGCGGAGAUGUGGUAAUAAAUAGACAUUUCCUACCACGAUAUCUUACAGGCACAGAGAUGAGAGGGCAGCGACGGCCCUGGCGGAGAUAUCUGUGCACAGUAUGAACAUGGCCCGACUGCCUAACCAAAGCAUUUCGACUUAGCGCGCAUGCCAUUCACCUCGCAAUUUUGUAAGCAAUUUUACUUGCC